AUGGCUACCAUCAUGAUGCAACUCAUGCAGAGUUACGAAAUGGGUGAUGGGAUAAUUGGUGUUGACAACAUUGACCGUUGGCCUCUGGACUCGGAAGCAUUUGGAUUUUUAGAGGCAACGUCCUCUGCUCAGUCUGUCGACGUGCUGAUGAAGCAUCCGUUUGUAGCCAAACAGCAUUCGCUGGGUGGCCUCGCAGCUUUGGCUCGCCUGGCCCCGAUCGCGACGAAGACGUUUUAUACCUACCCUAUCUAA